AUGGAGCCUCUUGGAGCCUUUCCUGAUGGAGAAUGGGACUCCUUUAGCAAGAUUUUCUUCGGUGAUGACCAAGAGCUUGAUUUCACACCACAAUUUCUUGGUCAUGAGUGCUCAUUUCUGCUCGAGCAUGAUGAGGCCGGCUUGAAGUACUCUCGAGCGCCAUCAACUUCUUGCCCUGAUUCUGAGGCAGCUAACAUGAGAAUGACCGGAUCGGUUACCGACAGUUUACUUUAUUCAUUGGAUUGUCUCAACUCUAACUUGCACUUUAUUUCUCAAGAAAGUAGUAGUAGUAGUACUAAUAAUAGUAACAGCAGUAGCUGCAUCUUUAUUGCCACUCCAAGCCAUGAGAACUACCACUUCAGUGACGCCAACCAUAUUCAAAUAUCAAGUGAUAUAUCCAUGUUCACGAAUACUUGUAUGAUGGAUGAUCAGAAAAAUAUUGCCUCUUUUUUCCCGGGGUUUCCUGAUGUUUUAAUGGGUGAGACGGUCUAUAACAAUGAAUUAGAUACGAGCCUUGAAGGAUCGGAUGCAUUAGAAGAUGGCAAGCCAGCUGCUGUUUCUAUUCCUGGCAAGGAGUUGAUACCCAAAAGGAAGUUUGAUAUGCCAGAAUCCCAGACAAAAGCAGAAGGCAGAAAUAACAACCAGUCAUCUGAACAGAAUUCAAAGAAGAAACCUCGAGUCUCAUCAAGAUCAGAUGUACGAAAGAGUAAGAAGAAUGUAGAGUCAAAGAAGAACCGGAAACUCCCAAAUGGUACUUCUCAGGAAGAAAAGAGCAAUAUUGCUGGACCUGAUGGGCAGAGCUCUACCAGUUACUGCUCAGAGGAUGAUAAUGCUUCCCAGGAGAUUAAUGGAGGAGCCACUUCAGAAUCCAAAGCGGUUCAUGCAUCUAUCAGAUUGAGUGGGAAGUCGAGAGCCAGUAGAGGGUCGGCAACAGAUCCACAAAGCCUCUACGCAAGGAAAAGAAGGGAAAGGAUAAAUGAGCGAUUGAAAAUCUUACAGAAUCUAGUCCCCAAUGGAACGAAGGUUGAUAUUAGCACAAUGCUUGAAGAGGCAGUCCAUUAUGUUAAGUUUUUGCAGCUCCAAAUCAAGCUUUUAAGCUCCGAUGAUCUGUGGAUGUAUGCUCCCAUCGCUUACAAUGGAAUGGAUAUUGGUCUGAUCAACCAGAAGAUUUCUCCAGUACCUGAUCUGUGA